AUGAGCUUUUUAUCGAAAUUAUCUGCAUUGAAGAAAAAUACACCAGUUAAGCAUACACCCGUAAUCCCAGAUAAAGAAAGCAACCCGGUACAAGAGGUUGAAUCAUUGUUACCUGUAAAUUAUGUGAGAGAUGAGGAUCCGGCAGUGAAAAGAUUAAAAGAGUUAAGACGUAAGGAACGGAUUAAAAACGGGGAGCUUUUAAAGAAAAGAAAUGCAACUGCAAAAAGACAAUCUGGUAGUGGUGAUUCGCACAGAAAUAAAAAAAAUAAGUUGCAAAAAGACGAAGAUGGAGGGAUGUUAGGGACAGUAUACAAAAAAAAGAUUGGUUCUUCCACUCGUGCAAAUUAUAAUGAUAGUAAUAAGGCGAUCAAACCAAGAAUGUCUAUAAAGAAGAUGUCUUUUGAAGAGUUGAUGAGACAAGCUGAUCAGAAUGGCAAACUGCCUAUGAAAUCUACAUCAGAACCACCAACAAUAGGGCGAUCGAAAAAAUUGAUUAAACCUGGAUUUAAAAGAAAAUCAACUAGGGUUAAUUCUCCUAAUUCAAAUGAAUCUCUUAGAGGAGAUCGACAUAGAGAGGAUAAUCAGGCGUCAGGUUCAAAAGAGGUAUCUACAUCUUUGAAUAGGAGCAAAUCAGCGUCGAAUAUUAAGAAAGAUAACAUUAAUAAUGAUAGCAGUGAUAGUGGUGGUGAUAGCAAGAAUAUUGUCAAGAUACCAUCUAUAUCAACUAAUAGAUUUGCACAACCAAAUGCUAAGAUUAAACAAAGGCUAGAAAGAAAGGGAUAUAAGGUUCAAAGUCGGCAUGAUAGGUUUGGAAGGCAUUAUAAUGGACGUAAUGAUAAUUAUGAUGAAGAUGAAGAUAUGGACUCUGAAUUGGAUGAUUUUAUUGAAGAUGCUUCAGAUGAGAAAGAAAGUAGAUAUUCUGCACGUUCAAGAAAUCCAGGGUAUAAUAGAGACGAAAUAUGGGCCAUAUUCAACAGAGGUAGAAACAGACCACACUAUUAUAGUGAUUAUGAUGAUGAAAAUGAGGAUGAUAUGGAGGCUAAUGAAAUGGAAAUUCUAGAAGAAGAGGAAUACGCAACUAGAAUGGCCAAGCUAGAAGAUAAAAAGGAAGAAGAAUGGUUAAGGAGACACGAAGAAGAGAAAAUGCGGUUAAAGAAGAAAUAUAAAUGA